GCGCCCCUGCUCGCCCUCUUUGCCGCGCUUCUCUACGCCCGCUACCGCCACGCCGCACCGCCCGCGACCGCACCCAUGACCGCCAUCGACCUCGAGAAGGAGGUGGGGGACUCUUCGGACUCGUCGUCGCAGGAGCGCAGCAUCCGCAUGCACCAGGUCGUUCUCUUUGGCGACUCGAUCACUCAGGGCUCGUGGCAGCCGGGCGGGACGGGAGCCGUCCUCGCCGAUGCCUGGCAGCGCAAGCUCGACGUCGUCAACCGCGGGUUCUCGGGCUACAAUACCGAGAUGGGCCUCGAGGUCGUCAAGCAGUUCCUGCCCAGGGCCGGAGAAGGACUGCCCAAGAUGGCCAUCUUCGUCGUCUGGUUCGGCGCCAACGACGCCGCCGUCCCUCCCUCUCCUCAAUCUAUGACGCUCGAGCGCUUCAAGGCCAACCUCAACACGAUCCUCGACAUGCUGCGCCUCCCCUCGUCGCCUUGGUACUCGCCCUCGACCCAGCUCGUCCUCCUCACGCCCCCGCCGGUCGACGACUCGACCCGCAACGCCGAGCUUGCCUCGCGCACGCCCGCUCGCGUGCCCGACCGCGACGCCGAGCGCACGCGUCAGUUUGCCGAGGCGGUCAAGGAGGUGGGCGCACAGGGCAAGGUGCCCGUCGUCGACGUGUGGGCCCGCAUCAUGCAGUUUGCGCGCGACAACGACGGCGGCAAGCUCGACAAGUACCUGAGCGACGGCCUGCACUUGACGGCAGAGGGGUACCGCAUCGUGACGGCCGGCAUCUCGGAGCUCCUGUUCGCCGAGUACCCGCACCUGUACUGGGGCAACAUGGAGCAGCGCUUCCCGCACUGGACCCACUUUAUCCCGCCGGCGCAGCGCUUCUAAGUCUCUCGCGCUCACGCUCACUCUUCCUCUCGAGUGGUCCGGGCAUGUUCUGCAACUCGACGUAUGUGCAUUGCGAUCUG